AUGGUCGUUCUUUAUUUUCUGCUUCUAUGGAUUGAAUUACACGAUGUCUUCCCCAGAGCCUCCAAUGUGGCUGACACCAUUAUUUCAUCCCAAUCUUUAAGUGAUGGACAGACCUUGGUCUCCCAGGGAGGAAGUUUUGAACUGGGUUUCUUUAGUCCAGGAAAUUCCAGGAAACGAUACUUGGGUAUCUGGUACAAGAACAUCCCAAUCAGAACAUUUGUAUGGGUUGCCAACAGAGAGAACCCAAUUAAUGACUUUUCCGGUGUGUUGAUGAUUAACAGCACUGGCAGCCUUGUCCUUCUCAUUCACACUAAUGGAAGUGGGACUGUCAUUUGGUCAUCAAGCUUGUCCAAAGAAGCUGAUCAUCAUCAGAUUAAUCCAAUAGUAGCACAGCUCUUGGAUUCAGGAAAUCUUGUGCUAAAAGAUGAAAAAGGCAGUGAACCAGAAAGUUAUUUAUGGCAAAGUUUUGACUAUCCAACAGAUACGUUGUUACCAGGGAUGAAAGUUGGAUGGGACUUGAGAAGUGGUCUCAACCGGCGCCUUACGUCAUGGAAGAGCGCAGAUGAUCCAUCUCCUGGAGACCUCAGUUAUGGCAUAGAACUUCACAAUUUUCCGGAGCCAUCUAUGUGGAAGGGCCACACCAAGAUCUACCGGGCUGGGCCAUGGAAUGGCAUUCGUUACAGCGGUGCUUUUGAUUUGCGGCCAAACCCACUGUACCAGUUUGAUUUCAACUUGAGUCAGGAGGCGGCAUUCUACACUUACCAGCUUAAAAAUAAAUCUGUGAUAACAAGGACAACUUUAAGCCCAACCACUAAUUCAUAUGAUCGCAGCACAUGGGUAGAAGUAGAUCGAACUUGGGAGGUUUACGUAUCAGUUCCUAGAGACCACUGUGACAGCUAUGGCCUGUGUGGUGCCCAUGGAAUUUGUGUGAUCAGUGAGUCGCCAGUUUGCGAAUGUCUGAAAGGUUUCAUGCCUAAGUCACCAGAAAGUUGGAACUCAAUGGACUGGUCGAAUGGGUGCGUGCGAGAUAAGCCAUUGAACUGCCCUGAAGAUGGGUUUGCCAAAUUUGAAGGGGUGAAAGUGCCAGAUACUACAUACACAUGGGUGAACACAAGUAAGAAUCUUAAGGGAUGCCAGGCCAAAUGCUUGGCCAACUGCUCUUGUAUGGCUUAUACAAACACGGACAUUAGAAGUGGUGGCAGUGGCUGUGCCAUGUGGUUUGGUGAUCUUAUUGAUAUCCGACAGCUUCCAGCCAGUGGACAGGACCUGUACAUUCGGAUGCCUAAUUCAGAACUAAGUAUGUGGGCAAACAACUGGUCUAAGAUGAAGAGUGCAGUGGUAACAGUGGCAGCCAUUGCCACUGUUUCUGGGAUGCUUAUAAUCAGCUUAAUUUUAAGCUCAUUUACUACAUUUAAAAAAAAAACAAAAGCAAAUAAUGUAGGUGUCUGCAGAAAUAAAGAUCACAAUAUUGAAGUACAAAAGGAAGAUCAAGAGCUACCAUUGUUCAAAUUGACUACAAUAGCCAAUGCCACUAACAACUUUUCUCCCAACAAUAAGCUUGGAGAAGGUGGUUUUGGAGCAGUGUACAAGGGUGCAUUAUUAGAUGGACAAGAAAUUGCUGUAAAAAGGCUUUCGAUGAACUCCAGACAAGGACUAACUGAAUUCAAAAAUGAAGUAAUACUGAUUGCAAAACUUCAGCAUCGAAAUCUUGUAAGGCUUCUAGGGUGUUGUAUUCAAGGAGAGGAAAUGAUGUUGAUUUAUGAAUACAUGCCCAACAAAAGCUUGGACUACUUUAUUUUCGAUCAGACAAGAAGUAAGCUACUAGAUUGGUCUAGAUGUUUCCACAUUAUCUGUGGAAUUGCUCGUGGACUUCUCUAUCUUCAUCAGGAUUCCAGACUAAGGAUUAUCCACAGAGAUCUCAAGGCAAGUAAUGUGUUGCUUGAUGAUGAGAUGACCCCAAAAAUUUCGGACUUUGGCUUGGCUAAAAAUUUUGAAAGCGAUCAAAAUGAAGCAAGGACAAGAAGAAUAGUUGGAACAUAUGGUUAUAUGGCCCCAGAAUAUGCUAUUGAUGGGCUAUAUUCAAUAAAGUCCGAUGUGUUUAGUUUUGGUGUUCUACUAUUGGAGAUUGUAAGUGGGGAGAAAAAUAGAGGUUUUGAUCACCCAAGCCACAGCCUUAACCUAAUUGGACAUGCAUGGAAAUUGUGGAAUGAAGGAAAACCUUUUGAAUUAAUGAAUGCAUUAUACAUGGACUCAUGCUCAGUGUCAGUAGUACUGCGAUGCAUACAUAUUGGUCUGUUAUGUGUUCAGCAACAUCCCGAGGACAGGCCAAACAUGUCAUACGUGGUUCUAAUGCUUGACAAUGAGAGCCCAAUGCCGCAACCUAAGCAGCCAGGUUUUUUCAUAGGUAGAAAUCCACUUGAAGAGCCAAACUCUUCAAUGAGAAAACCGUGUUCAAACAAUGAAUUAACUCUUACAUCGUUGGAGGCACGAUAAAGGAUCAUUUAGCAUCAUGAGUGUGAAGCAUCAUCUAUCAAGAAAAUUUUAUACUACACUGCAACUUUGGAAUAUAUAUAUAUAUAAUUAAUACUGUCCCUGUGAUUAUCCAUUUCUAGAGUUUAAAUGAUUUUUUUUUCAUCCAAUUCUACAAAGGAAAUUUUCAAA